AUGGGCUGCUUCGGUUCAAAAAGCACUAAAAUGGAAUCCAUUCGAGAGCAAAUCAGACAAGAUAAUACACAGAUACGAGAAACUCUUCGGUUAAUGAAUGAAUUCAAUAAAAAACAAGUUGAAGCCAACCAAAAACAACUGACAAUUAAUCAGAAGCAGCAAGCGGAAUUGAUCAAUUGUUUUAAACAAAUGAAGCACUUGAGUGACUUAACUUGUAAAUGUGCGGCAGAACGACAUGAUCCAAGCUCUUCGAUUGCGAACACCGAUGAACAAUCGGCUACUGAAAAUAGAAACGAACAAAUAAAUACAAUAUCCGAUGAUCCACUACCUGCUACAAAACCAGAUGGACCACCAUUUAUAUCAUGA